AUGGGUGUCAUUAGCUUCGGAUCACCCGUCUGUGGAGCUCCUGACGUCCCAACUGUCUUCACUAAACUUGGAUAUUAUAAAGACUGGAUUGAAGAUAUUGUAGAAAAGGAGCCUCUUUCCGGUUAUGUUGGCUCCACUGUUACUGAGCCUAGACGGUUCCCAACUUUGACUCUAAAAUCUACAACUGAGAAGUUAAAGAUUGCUCCACUUGGAGAGGCUACAGUUAGCCCUGAUUAUAUUAUUGGAACAAAUGCACUCCGAAUACCACAAGAACAGAUUUUCCAGGAUUUUUUGUCAAACAUAUUUGAAAGUGAUGAAGUCAAGGCUUACUAUGAUAUGAGUGACACAGAUAACAGAAUUGAACUUAGCAAAGGACAAUCUUCGAAUUUGAAAGUAGAACAGAUGACAGUGAGAGACAUGUACCCAACUGGUGAAAUAAAACAAACCACAGAAAUUGCAGAUGAACCAAUACAUACUUCUUUAGAGGCGAUCGAUUCUCUGGAAGAUCCAAAAGUAAAAGAUGAAAUUGAAGAACACCCUAUUGAAUCUGCUACAGUAUCACUAACACUGACUUCUGCAAAAGUGACUGAUUCUUUUAAAAGUUCAGUUACGAAGAACAAAACUGAAGAAAUUACAUUUGAAAUGGUUGCAGAAUCCCGUAAAAAAAAUAACACAUUAACAAAGGUAGGGGAUGAUGACAAAAUCUUAGAAGAAAGUAUUAAUAGCUUCAUCAAUAACUUAGAUUUAAGCAAAUUUAUGGCAAGAGAAACAACUUUGCCAGGAAUUAGCCUAACAAGUGCAAAACAGGAAAUAGAACUGAACAAGACAUUGAAUGAAACUGAAAUUACGUUCAAUCAAAGAUCUAUUUUAAACUCAAUAUUUUUCUCUGAUGAAAAUACAGAUGAUAGUGAUGAUGAACAAGGACUAAGUAUAUUAUAG